UCAAUUCAUAAAACAUAAGCUCUUUGUAUCGUUUGUUCUAAAACACUUCCUUUUUUUUCAAAUAAUUGUAAUAAUAAAUUCAAUAAAUUAGAAUUUGUAUUUUAUCAAUCCUUAAAACUAUGUUAAAAUUUGUUAUUACCACCAAAGAAGAUCUUCGAGAAGCUGCCAAGCUUGAAAAUCGAAGAAAGUACGAAGAAGAACGCAAAAAACGAAUUUUCAAUGGAAAACAACGACUUUUUGGGUUGGACAGUGCUGCAUUAGAACAACAAAUUGCAGAAAAAGUGAAGCGCCAAGAUGUUGAGGCUGAACGUGAACGCAAAUAUGUCGAAGAAACUGAAAGACGUGAUAAUAUAUUAAGAGCAAUGGAAAUUAACCAACAAAGGGAAGCCAAAAUUCAAAAUUCAGAUUUAAACUAUUUCCGUUGUCGAUUUCAACGCAAAGACUUAGCACGCGAAUAUGACUUAAAUAAUCCUGAUCGAAUAAAAAAUUCUGAACCAGCUCGUAUAUCAGAUGAUGAUCCUCGAUUGGGUAUUUCAAGUGCUCAGAUUUUUGUUGGAGAAGAUUUAAAUGUUGCCGACCGACAAAGAGCUCAAAAAAAUCAACAACGUGCCUGGUUAGAACAACAAAUGAGAGAACGAAAGCAAGCUGAAGAAGAUCGAAAAAGAGCUGAUAAAAUUCUUCAAGAAUCCCUAAAUGCUAGGGAUCGACGAUUAAUGGAGAUGUCAGUUGCUGAACGUGAAACUCAGCUUAAAAUUAAAGAAUCUAUUAGACGCUAUAAUGAAAUGCUUGCCUAUGAAAAGAAAGCCAACAAAAAACUCACUAAACAACAAACACAAGAAGAUAAUUUGGCCGAGAUAUACAACAUGCUCGGAAGUGACAUGUUAACUGAAAAUCCAGAUGUAGCACAAAGUAAAGUUGCAUUGAAUAAGAAAAUUGCUUACAUGUACAAAGGAAUGACUCCUGAAGAGGCUGAACAAUUCCGUGCUCAGCAACAAAGACAAUUGGAACAGAAUAAGCAACGCAAAGAUGAAGAGAAAAUAAGAGAAGCAAUUUGGGAUCAACAUGCUUUAAAUACAUCCAGAGAGCUUAUCUUAAAGGAAAGAGAAUUAAAAAAAAUUGAAAAGGCUCAAAUAGAAAAACAAUUUGAAGUUAAUAAAAACCUAGCUCAAGAACAAAAAGCUAGAAAAGCAUUCAUGAAUAAUGUUGUCUACAGAAACCAAGCUACUGAAGAAUAUUGGGGACAAUUCAAUCGUACAACUCGUUAAAUAA